AUGAAAAUGAAGCAAUCAUUGAUACUACUCUUCUAUUCAGGUCCAAGCCUUGAUACAUGGACACUUUUUUAUGAGAAUGAAGUUAUCACUGAAAGUAACACCGAAAACAAAAAAUUAAAUCCAACAGAAGCAGGAAAUUAUUAUGUUACAACAUGUUUAUUCAAUGGAAUUCAAGGUGUUGUUGUCAAUAUAGACAAAGGUGAUCAAACAAAACUUCUUAUUUCUAUUUCUGGAUUCAAUGGCACAAAAGCAACUCACACAGUUUAUUCUUAUCAAGGAAGUUGUGUUAUCUAUCGAACAUGUGCCACAAAAUCUUUACCAACAGGAUAUGGUAGUGAAGGAGGAUUUUUAUAUUCAAAAAUAUCAGAAUCAAAUCCAAACAACAAAAACAUUUUUCAAGAUUCAACAGUCUUUGAUUGUGGAGAUUCAAUAAAUGUAGGAUAUUCAACUAAUUAUUUAGAAUACGGAAAUGUUAGUUAUUCACGAAAUAACAUAACAAAUAACAAAUGUAUUCAAGAUGUUUCACUUCAAAUAGUUUCAAAACAGAAAUAUAACAUCAGUCAAUCAUCUUUCAUUGAUAACAAAGCAAACGAAGGAUGCUUUUGUACUGGUUCUAGUGGUCCACAUCAAUUUUAUUUAUGUAAUAUCAUUAGAAACAAUGCUAAUAAUCAAUGUUUUUGGUUAUCAUCAGCAACAGUUACAUUUGAAUCUUGUUCAAUCAAAAAUAAUAAUUGUACACAAACAUUUUAUUUUUUACACUAUUAUUCAUGUUCAGCUACAAUCAUUAAUAGUGAUUAUGAUGGACGAGCAGGAGGUUUAACAAUAACAAAUUCAAUCAACAAUUACUACAACGAAUUACCACAUCUUUCUACAAGACUUUGUGAAGCAGUAAAUAAAAUUGAAAAUAAAUUUGAAGAAGAAAAUGACAUAAAAAAAUUAAACAAUUUGAAAAAUUAUUGCAUCUCUGUAAAUUUUUAUGAAUACCGAUGCCACAACAUUCUUGAUAUAUCUCAUAUUUCAUCAUUUUCAAUUUGGUCAUUAAAUAAAUAA